UGGUGGCUUCAGGCUUCACUCAGAAACACAGCGAGGCCUCAGGAGGGACCCUCACCCUAACCCUCUUCAUCUACACAAAGCGCCUCAUCACAACAAGACCAUGAGCGCUCACGAGCACAACGCCACGCUGGAAUUGUUCGACCACUGCACCAUUGACCUGGAUUCUGCCAGAGACUACCGGCGCAUCGCCCACUUCCUCAUCUACCUUUUCAUCUUCAUGGUGGGCCUGCUGGAGAACGUGCUGGUCAUCUGGGUCAACUGGCGCCGACGCCACUCUGCCAACGGGGUCCUGUUCUGCAUCCUCAACGUGAGCCUGUCGGACCUCAUGGUGAUCGUGACCCUGCCGUUCUUCAUGAUGGAGGUGACCAUGAACAAUGUCUGGCUGUGGGGUCGCUUCCUCUGCAAGGUGACCUACUUCGUCUACACGGUCAACUUCUUCAGCAGCUCCUUCUUCCUGGCCCUCAUGACCGCAGAGCGUUAUCUGUCCCUGACCAGACCCUCGUUUCCUGCCUUCUUCCCCGUGCUGGGCCGCCGCCGAUGGGUGCUCUGCGGAGGCCUUUGGGUGCUCUCCUUGUUCCUGGCGCUGCCGGAGAACGUCCACGUGGAUCUUCUGGAGUGGAACGAGCCGGGCUGCUACUUUGUGCCUGAACACAACUUCACAGAGUGGUUUGUCACCUUGAGUUUCCUCUGCCUGGUCUUCCAGUUCUUGGGCCCCGCCGCCGUCAUCAUCACCUGCAACGUGCUGAUCGCUCGUGCGGUUCGGACGGCGCCGGAUGUUCAGGGCCGGCGGGACGUGUGGCUGGUUCACGUUUACUCCCUGGUGUUCGUCCUGUGCUGGUUGCCCUACCACUUUGUCGUGUUCCUGAUGAUCGCGCACCACAUCGACCCCGACAUCUUCAGCUGCAACACGGACAGGGUGCUGUACUUCUCGUUCAGCGUGGUGCAAAGCCUGUCUCUUUUUCACUGCGUGGCAAACCCCAUCCUCUACAACUUCCUCAGCAAGAGCUUCCGAGACAACCUGGUCAACACGGUGCUGAGCCAGUUACCCAGAGAUGGAGCCGGGAACCAGCUGGGAGCCGGGACCAACGCUCCCAACGGAGGAGGGGGAGACCCGGGGAAGCAACGCAAGUUAAGUAACGCCAGCACCAGCCAGUCCGAUGUUGGAUCAUAA